ACCAGGGAUUGCGCCGGCGGUUCCUCGUCGCCGGCGCGCUCCAGCAUUCACGGCCGCUGCAGGAAGGACGGAGAGCUCUGCGGAGUCUUCCGUCGUCGUCCUCCACCAGGGCGAGGGCCGGCGGUUGGUCGUUGCCGUCCGCAUUCCGCGCCGCUAGAGGAGGGAGCGCGACCUCCUAUCCUAGGCGGCGGCGGCGGCGGCAAUGCCACGCUUCCGACCCCGCUCCCCUUCUCUCUACGACCCCGUCCCCUCACCCGGCUAUCAGCUGCUGGACGAAUUCAAGGAUCGCCUGGCCUCGAAGACGCUCAGUCCGGACCUUGCGCACCAACUGUUCGGCAAAUUGCUUCGUCAACCCGUCAAGGUACCAGCACGCGCGCUCAACGGCUUUUUCGCCGCCCUCGCGCGUGCCCCGCCCUCCAUCGCCUGCCCCGAUGGCCCUGCCCUCGCCAUCGCCCUCUUCCAACAAAUGGCCCGAGCAGGCCAACGUCCGGUGACCGCACCCACCAUUUACACAUACAGCAUACUGAUUUAUUGCUGCUGCCACACCCACCGCCCGGACCUAGGGCCUGCCUUCUUCGGGCACCUCCUCAAGACAGGUAUCAGGGAGGACGUUGUUACUUUCAACAAUUUAUUGAAGUGCCUCUGUGACAUGAAGCGAACGGAGGAGGCUCUGGACGUGCUGCUACACAAGAUGCCCGACGAUCUGCCUAAUGUCAUUUCCUACUCAAUAAUUCUCAAGGGCUUCUGCAACAACGGGAGGAGCCAGCGUGCGCUUGACCUGCUCCGGAUGAUGACCAAAAAAGGAUCUGACCACUCUCCCGACGUGGUUUCAUACAACACGGUAAUUGAUGGCUUCUUGAAGGAAGGUGAAAUAAGGAAAGCUUUGGAUCUCCAUUGUUAAUGGGCAGUGCAAAGCAAGAGCAAUGGACAAGGCAGAGGAGGUCC